AUGUUUGCUGCUGCUACCAAAAAUUUUGUUAAGCAGGUUGAUGAUGGAGGGAGAUUAAUUCCUGUUCCCAGUCUCAGUGAAGCUGACAAAUAUCAACCUUUGAGCCUUGUUAUUAAGAAGAGAACGUGUUUUCUUUCAAAAAAAUCUAAAUUUGCUUCAACGCCUUUCACCUUAAAAGACAUUCUUCAGGGAGAGAGAGAAAUUUCUUCAGGUGUUUCAUCCUAUCAGUUGUUGAACUAUGAGGACAAAUCAGAUCUUUCUCUGAAUGGUAAACGAGGAAAUCAGAUAAUGAAUGAUGUCGGGGUCAAUAUUGAUGGAUCAGAUUCUGUUGCAGUUAAAGCUUCAUUUGGCAUAGUGACCAAACAUGAGGUUGAAGUACCAACAUUGCUUAAAGAACUUACGACUAGAAAAAUUAACUUUGAUCAUUGCCUCGUCCGUCAGGCAAGACAAAGUAGGAAGGAAGUUCUGUGUGUGGUAAUGGAAAGUAUUAGAACAACACGGCAAUGCUCAUUAUCUGUCCAUGCUGGAAUGCGUGGGGAAACAAUGAGGUUUCACAUUAUCGAAGACCAGAAUUAUAAAGUACGGGACAAAGCUAUCGUUUUUCCAGCACACACAACCAUUGCAUUUAGUGUAUUUGAACUUUAUAUUCACUUGGAUGGUAAUUUUGAAUUUUGUGUCACUCCAGUUUCCAAAGGAGGAUUUGAAAAAGAGCAAUCUGGAUCAUUUUCAAUGAGCAAAUUAAGGAGUAAUCUGUUCCGUCGAAAUAAGUGGGUAUUGGAGACUGUUGCUAACUCAGAUGAUUACUUGGAGGAGCUUUUAACAGAUUAUUAUGAAAAAGCUGCAAGCAUGACUGAUGUCUCUACAAGCUAUCUCAGAGAAGGGUCUCAUAUCCGAGUGAAUUUACUUAAUAACAACAUCCCAAAAGGUCCAUGUGUCCUUUGUGGCAUGGGUCACUCUAAAAGGGAGACAGUCUAUGGAUGUCUCGAGUGUUCUUUUCAUGGACAAAAGUAUGUACGACUGCAUGCUGUGCCCUGCUUUGACCUCUGGCACAGAAGGGUGAGAUAAAUUAUCUGUGACAGUGCCUAUUGUUAUAGACUUAGGUAUAACUGUGCCACAAACUUUCCAAAAGUGACUUAGUAAAGCAUUAAAAGUGCAAAAUGUUUUAGUAUACUACUUUCUAUUUUCAAGUGAUGUUUUAUUUUACACAUACAGCUAAUUAUAUUAAUUAGUUUAGCAUGUAGGGUUUUUUUUUUUUAAAUAUCACUGCUUUUCAUUUUCCUAGCACUUUCUCAUUUCAUUAUCCAUGGUAACUAAUCCAUGUACUUUUAAACUGAAUCAGAAAAUAGCAAUUUUUAGCUUCUUAUAUUUUGAAAUGGACUUACAAAAUUUGCUCUUCUUUGUAAAGAUAUUUCCUUAACUACAUCAGGGUAUGAUGGUAAAAUGAGAAAAUCUGUUAAAUAUUUAGUGUUGUCAUAAAUGUUUAAUCGAAGUAUCAGAUUAAAAACACAUUGGAGGUUAGCUCAGUUUAAGGUUUCUUUUAUAAAGGAGAAGACUGAAAAGGAUCAUAGCUGAGGAUAUGGGUUUCAUAUCAGGAUGUGAUUACCAUAUGUCUUUAUUCUGACUAUAUUAACUCUGACCACCAGCUAGCGCACAUUUUGCAUAACUUGGAUAACUUGCAUCUGUUUUAUUCUGAGUUAGACUGGCUAUUGACUUGAAUGUCUUUGAUGUAUACAGGUAAAAAUAUUGUAGCGAUAAUUUAUAUCACUAACAAUAAUGUAUUACAUCAAUCCUUUUAGAUUUCAUGUCUGAAGUUCUGUUACCUAGAAUAGGAAUUUGGCAGCAUUUUCUGUGGGGGAUACUGGAAUGACUCAGCCUGGAUCAGAGAAAGGCAGGCAUUAGGACCCAGCUGUUGCUGCCACUUCUCUCUGCUGAGCUGUUCAGUGUGGCAUGAUGAAAGCCCCUUCCACCAGAAUCUGUGCUGCUUGACUGCAGCCAGGUAAAGGCACAGCCCCCUCCACUGGAGCCGCAGGUAGCUGACUGUAGUGUGCAAGAGGGAGAGCCCCUGCCACCAAAUGCUGCCAAAAUCACAGUUCUGCAGGCCACAGGUUGCUGACUCCUGACCUAGAGAGCCUAACAUCACAACUUACAGUAGUUUGCAUUAUUGGGAGUACAUACACUAGAGGGCACUGCAGAGUGUAAUUCAGAACACUGGGAACUGGCACUGCUGUCCAGAAUAGCUGUCACAAGUGUUUAUGUCUCUCUUAAUGUCAUUAUAAAUUAAGUGGGAGAUUAAAAUUUUUAUUCCUGCUUCCCUUGAAAAAACGGUGUGGUAGGUUUUCUGUUUCUUGCUAGCCCUACCAGUUUUGGUUGAAGCUUUAAACUUCAUAUUUUACCUAAAGCAGUGUUUUUCAAACUUUUUUUUUUUUUCAUUUGUGGAUCCCUAAAAAAUUUUGAAUGGAGGUGUGGACCUCUCUGAGUUUCUAAAUGCGGGUAUUCACAUACUUCCAAUUGAACGUAAUUCUCUUUGGCAGACCCUUUAAACAUAGCCUGCAGACCUCUGGGGGUCCACAGACCACAGGUUGAAAACCAUUACACAUUCAAAUAAACAGCAAUGUCUUUUUCUUUAUAAAUGAAAGGAAAAAAUAUUUGUUUUGCUGAUAAUGAAAAACAAGUUAGAAUAUUUCAAUUUAUGACUUGCAUAGCAACCAUAACUGUUACUACACUACACUUUUCCAGUGUAAGAGAAGCAAGAAUCAGGUUCACGGAGUUAAUUACGUUUAUAUUAAAUAAUAUAAUACUCCCACUCCCUCUGUAUUGCACAACAAAUUAGAAAAGUAGAUGUCUGCUUUGAGGUACUGAACCUUAGUUCAUUUUGCAAUUUAAUGUAUUUUAAAAAGUGUAAAGAAUGAUCCACUCAUUUUGUUAAAAAUUGAAUUUUCACUUACUGUUAACAGUAUACUUUAAAUAUGUACAAUUAUGUUUACAUUGUAGAAGUUAUUGUAAAUUGUUUUAAGAAAUCUUUGUGCAUUCAUAGAAUUCUAGUGACAGUGUCAAUUUUAAUGUUUUGAUCUUGAGGGUUUUCUUCUAGAAGCAUUAACAUGAUUAUGACAAGCACACUUCAUCUCACAAUCUGUAAUUCUAUCACUGACCUGUUAAAUCUAUCAUGAUUUAUUUUUGUCCAUUGUCUUUGGGGAACCUGGGCUAGAAGCCUGCAGGGCACCAUGUUUAAACAGCCAUGGUUGGUCACAUCUCAGCCUGUCAGAACUUAACUUCCCAGGCAAACAUUAUUCAAUUCCUUAGAGGUAUAACAAGAAAUUUCUGUGUUGCAAGUUGUAGUGGUGGCUGCCACCAUUCUACAGCCCCUCAAAAUCAGCAUCUAGGGUUGUAUUACUGUAAUUGCCUUGGCCAGCAAUUAAGUUUUUUUAACUAGAGCCAAAAUAAACUAAUGAUUCUAAGUAAGUUUUCAUGAGCUUUCUCUAUCUCCUUAGGAGUUUGAGGGGGAUAGGAAAGUGUUUCCACUGCAGCUAAAUUACAAACCCAUCUUUCCUGUGAGUGGCCUACCAUUGAACCCUCUCUGUAUCUGAUACAAAGGGAAUAA